AUGCAAAAUGGUGUAUACAAAAUUGAAGCCAAACAAUCAGUAAAAAGACAAUUAAGUGCUGCAAACACAGAUCAACAAAGUUAUAAUACAGCUGAUGGUUCUGGACAAAAGAAUAAUGCUCAGAGUCAAUCAGCAAAUUUUGAUCCAUUUGGAAAUUUGCAAACAUCAAACUCAAAUUCCGGCGUUCAAAACACCUUUGGACCAAAUGGUGAACGACAAAAAGCGUUUGGUUCAUCGAAUGCAAAUGAACAAAAUAAACAUGGCAGUUCAAACAGUGGCAGUCAGACAAAUGUCGAACAUUUCAAUGAAAACGGUGUACAAGGUGAAAAAUCGUCAUCAUCGAGUUUUUCAAAUGUUGUAAAUAAUGGCGGUUUGGAUGGAAACUUUGGAACAAAUUCAAAUUCCAACUCUGGCAUUGAGAAUGGAAAUGCGGGCGCUGGCGCUGGUGCCGUUGCAAGUGGUGGUGGCAUUCGAACCAGACGUGCUGCCGAGGAUUCCGUUGUUUUUCCAAAAGCUGAAGAAUUAGACACACAAAAUCCACAACAGAGUGUUAAUGGGGACGUGAAUGCAAUAGAAAGCAAUAAAAAUUCAACACAACCAGAAGAACUUGAAUCAAGAUUUGGGUUACUUAGUGGUCUAUUAGGUGGUGGAGGAAGAGGGCCAGGUCCAUUAGGUGGAAUUAUCAGAGGAGUCGCAAAUGGAUUAAGUCAGGUCAAUCAACCAUAUUAUGGAGGUGGUCCAGUCGGCGGAGUUCCAUUUCAAGGUCAAGGUUCCUAUUAUCCGCAAGGAGCCUAUUAUCCACAAGGAGCCUAUCCACAAGGAUUUGGCGGCGGUUAUCCUCAACAAUAUUAUCCUCAACAAUAUUAUCCACAACAAGGUUUUGGCCGAUAG